AUGAUUGCUUUUGGUGUAGAAGCAAGUCAAGUGUCGAACGUAUAUGAUACAAAUCAAGCAGCAGCUAUAACAACAACAAAUGCUUCUUCACAAUUUUACAUCACAGAAUUAUUAAUUAAUCCUGAUGAACAAAAUGAAGCAUUAUUUGAUAUAAACAAAAUAGUUGAUGAUAAUACAAAACUACGUGGAGAAAAUAUUAAAUUUCAAAAAGAGAUUACAAAACUUCAUGAUGAUAAUUUAAAACUUCGUGAUGAUAAUACAAAAUUGCGUGAAGAUAAUCUUAAAUUUCAAGAAGAGAUUACAAAACUUCAUAAUGAUUUUAAGAAAUUUCGUGAAGAUAUUACUAAAAUUCUUGUUAAUAAUUCAAGAUUACAAGGUGCCAAUGAUACUGCACCUAAUGAAUUCAAUGAACUUGGCAAUUAA